AUGGGGAUCUCCACGGUCAUCUUCGCAAUAUGUCUUUUAUGGGGUCAAAUUCUUUGUACAGCUUCUAAAACAAGCUACACCACACCUGUUGGGCGGGUGCAAGCCACAGCAUGCCAAGAGAGCAGUUCCCGCUGUGUCAAUGCAGGUUUGCCUCUGAGGCUUGUGAAUGGAGGUCACCGGUGUCAGGGCCGGGUGGAGGUCCUGUACCAAGGCUACUGGGGCACCGUGUGUGACGACAGCUGGGACACCCAGGAUGCAGAUGUCGUCUGUCGGCAGCUCGGCUGUGGCCAUUCUGUAUCAGCACCUGGAGGGGCCCACUUUGGUCAGGGCUCAGGGGACAUUCUCAUGGGAGCUGUGUACUGCUCAGGACAGGAACCCUACCUGUCCAGCUGUCAGCAUGAUGGGUGGUACAACCAUGACUGUGGCCACAGGGAAGACGCCGGAGUCGUGUGUUCAGAGCCUACUACCACUCCAGAGCCUACUACCACUCCAGAGCCUACUACCACUCCAGAGCCUACUACCACUCCAGAGCCUACUACCACUCCAGAGCCGACCACAUAUAUGCCAAUAGGGUCAGAUCCUGGUUUGGCUCUGAGGCUGGUGAAUGGAGGAGACAGGUGUCAGGGUCGUGUGGAGAUCCUUUACCAGGGUUCCUGGGGCACCGUGUGUGACGAUAGCUGGGACAUCAAUGAUGCCAAUGUGGUUUGUAGGCAGCUGGGCUGUGGCUGGGCCAUGUCUGCCCCAACAAAUGCCAUGUUUGGACAGGGCUCAGGGCCCAUUGUCCUGGAUAAUGUGGCUUGCAGAGGACAUGAGUACAAUCUGUGGAGCUGCUCCCACGCAGGCUGGCUCUCCCAUAACUGUGGACACCAUGAGGAUGCUGGAGUCGUCUGCUCAGCAAGGGUGGGAGGCGUUUACAGUACAUAUAUCGUUAAACCCAAUGAAAGAGCUGCCCAUGAAUGCACAAGCUCCAUUAUUCACACAGGACCUACAAAGUUUAAUCCACUUUGUCUUUCAGGGUCAGAUCCUGGUUUGGCUCUGAGGCUGGUGAAUGGAGGAGACAGGUGUCAGGGUCGUGUGGAGAUCCUUUACCAGGGUUCCUGGGGCACCGUGUGUGACGAUAGCUGGGACAUCAAUGAUGCCAAUGUGGUUUGUAGGCAGCUGGGCUGUGGCUGGGCCAUGUCUGCCCCAACAAAUGCCAUGUUUGGACAGGGCUCAGGGCCCAUUGUCCUGGAUAAUGUGGCUUGCAGAGGACAUGAGUACAAUCUGUGGAGCUGCUCCCACGCAGGCUGGCUCUCCCAUAACUGUGGACACCAUGAGGAUGCUGGAGUCGUCUGCUCAGAGCCUACUACCACUCCAGAGCCUACUACCACUCCAGAGCCUACUACCACUCCAGAGCCUACUACCACUCCAGAGCCUACUACCACUCCAGAGCCUACUACCACUCCAGAGCCUACUACCACUCCAGAGCCUACUACCACUCCAGAGCCUACUACCACUCCAGAGCCUACUACCACUCCAGAGCCUACUACCACUCCAGAGCCUACUACCACUCCAGAGCCGACCACAUAUAUACCAAUAGGGUCAGAUCCUGGUUUGGCUCUGAGGCUGGUGAAUGGAGGAGACAGGUGUCAGGGUCGUGUGGAGAUCCUUUACCAGGGUUCCUGGGGCACCGUGUGUGACGAUAGCUGGGACAUCAAUGAUGCCAAUGUGGUUUGUAGGCAGCUGGGCUGUGGCUGGGCCAUGUCUGCCCCAACAAAUGCCAUGUUUGGACAGGGCUCAGGGCCCAUUGUCCUGGAUAAUGUGGCUUGCAGAGGACAUGAGUACAAUCUGUGGAGCUGCUCCCACGCAGGCUGGCUCUCCCAUAACUGUGGACACCAUGAGGAUGCUGGAGUCGUCUGCUCAGAUGCCCAAUACCAAAGCACACCCAAUCCCGUAAACUACACCUGUGGAAGUUACCUGACAGGGUACUAUGGGAACUUUUCCAGUCCCUUCUACCCUGGGAAUUAUCCUAACAAUGCCAGAUGUGAGUGGAACAUUGUGGUCCCAACCAACAACCGUGUGACCUUGAACUUCAGAGAUGUGCAGCUUGAAGGAGGCUGCAGCUAUGACUACAUCCUGCUUUAUGAUGGCCCUGCAUACAGUUCUUCUCUCAUUGCUCGGGUUUGUGAUGGAGUCAAUGGAACUUUCACCUCGACAGGGAAAUUCAUGUCUGUAGUCUUCAUCACCGAUGGCAGUGUCACCAGGAGAGGGUUCCUGGCUUACUACCAAGCUACCUAUUUCACUCACACCACUGUUCCACCGCCAUUCCCAGUCACUCCAGCAAGCUUUACCUGUGGAGGCUUCCUGACCCAACCCUUUGGGAACUUUUCCAGUCCAUUCUACCCUGGGAAUUAUCCUAACAAUGCAAGAUGUGUGUGGAACAUUGAGGCCCCAAACAACUACCGUGUGACCUUAGUCUUCAGAGAUGUACAGCUUGAAGCAGGUUGCAGCUUUGAUUAUAUUGAGAUUUUUGAUGGCCCCCACCACAGUUCUCCUCUCAUUGCUCGGGUUUGUGAUGGGGCCAGGGGCUCUUUCACUUCAACAUCCAACUUCAUGUCAGUUCGCUUCAUCAGUGAUCACAUGAUUACUCAAAGGGGGUUCCAGGCUGAGUACUACACGGACUUUGCCAAUAACAUCACCAGUCUCCUUUGUUUGUCAAAUCACAUGCAAGCCAGUGUUAGCAGGAGCUACCUUCAGUCCAUGGGCUAUUCUGCCAGUGAUCUUGGCAUUCCUGGUUGGAAUUCAAGCUACCGGUGCCGGCCACAGAUAACACAGAGGCAGAUCACAUUCACAAUUCCCUACACAGGCUGUGGCACUACCAAACAGACUGACCAAGAGACCAUCAACUACUCCAACUUCCUCAAAGCAGCUGUUUCGAACGGCAUCAUCAAAAGGAAGAAGGACCUCCACAUCCACGUGAGCUGCAAGAUGCUUCAGAACACCUGGGUCAACACCGUGUACAUCACCAAUGACACCGUCCAGAUCCAAGAAGUCCAGUACGGCAAUUUCGAUGUGAACAUCUCCUUUUAUUCAUCCUCCUCCUUCUUGUAUCCAGUGACCAGCAGCCCGUACUAUGUGGAUCUGGACCAGAACUUGUACCUUCAGGCUGAAAUCCUCCAUUCUGAUGCUUCUUUAGCCUUGUUUGUGGACACCUGUGUGGCUUCGCCAUACCCCACUGACUUCUCAUCUUUGACAUAUGACCUCAUCCGGAGUGGAUGCGUAAGAGAUGAAACUUACCAACUCUACUCCUCGCCGUCACCACGCAUCGCCCGCUUUAAAUUCAGUUCCUUCCACUUCCUGAACCGCUUCCCAUCAGUGUAUCUGCAGUGUAAACUGGUGGUGUGCAGAGCAUACGAUGCUUCUUCUCGGUGCAACAGAGGCUGUGUGGUGAGGUCCAAGAGGGAUGUAGGCGCCUACCAAGAAAAGGUGGACGUUGUCCUGGGACCCAUCCAGUUGCAAUCUCCCAGCAAAGAUAAGAGGAACUUGGACUUGGCAGUGAAGGAUGAGGAGAAGCCAGCUAGUGCCCAGGCAGUCUAUCCCACUGCUGCCGUCUUUGGUGGAAUCUUCCUGGCGAUGGUCGUAGCUGUGGCAGCCUUCACACUGGGAAGAAAGACACGUGUUGCCCAUGGCCAACCUCCAAGCACUAAGAUGUGA